AUGGAGGCCUCGGCGGCAGCUGCGGCGUCAAGGCCACCGAGCUUCGCGACGCAGACCAAUGCUCUCCUGCGAAAAAAUCUCAUCUUCCAGAAACGUAACGGGAAGGCGACCAUUCGGCUAAUCUUAAUCCCAAUAUUUCUAUGCCUGCUACUUAGUGUCCUUCAACGUGUCAUCAACAAUUUGCUAGAUCAGCCAAGGUUCAGGUGUGGUUGUAAGUGUGUUGAUGCCAACGGCACUGGUGCUUGCCAAAAUGUAUGCGGAAUCCAGUACUCCACAGUGGAUCAGGCUAGAAGUUGCCCCAUACAAAAUCCUACUGAAUGGCCUGCUCUAUUGCAAUUACCGCGCCCCGAGUAUCGUGCUGUUCACGAUCCCUCCAGUGUGUUCACAGGCUUACCAGAUGCAUCAUGCAGAAAAUCAGAGUCCUGCCCAGCUAUUGUACCCUUCACGGGAGCAAACGAAACCGUAUCUAAUGCUAUCAUGAAGAACUUGUUCACAAGCUCAACACUUUCAAAUCUUUCUCAUCUUGCGAGCGUAUCUAAUCUUCUCCUUGGAACAGAUGUGCGGGGUGCUUCUACUGGCUUUAUUGAACCUGCUUUUGUCUCUGAUCAACCCAUAUAUGUCAUUAGACCUCAGUGUAAAUCCAGUGAUUCAGAUAUCCUCAUUACUGUUGAUGCUACCGAUGAUCAGAAAGAGAUAAAAUGUGUUCAAGGUUUGCCAUUGUGGCGGAAUAGUUCAACAACAAUAAAUGAAGAAACCUUUCAGGGUUACCGAAAGGGAAAAAAAGGAGAAGGGAUAUAUGAAAUUACAAUGGGCUAUGAUUUUCAGGAAUCAAACGAGAAGUUUCUGAAUGUGCUAGCUCUAUAUAAUUCUUCCUAUCAGAAUAACUCCUUCAUUCCAACAUUGCCAUUUGGACUUCGGCGAGUUUCACGCUCAUUGAACGUGGUCUCCAAUGCCUAUCUGCAAUUUCUACUAGGCCCAGGUGCAGAAAUGUUGCUCAAGUUCAUAAAAGAAAUGCCUAAGCAUUCGACUCGCCAAGGUUUUGAAUUUUCUACUGCUGUUGGCCCUCUCUUUUUUGAAUGGGUUGUUGCAUUGUUGUUCCCGGUUAUGCUGACAUAUCUUGUCUACGAAAAGCAACACAAGUUGCGAACAAUGAUGAAAAUGCAUGGGCUCGGGGAUGGCCCUUACUGGAUUAUCAACUAUUCAUACUUCCUUAUUUUGUCUACAUUGUAUCUUGUUAUGUUUGUCCUUUUUGGAUCCCUUAUAGGUUUAAACUUUUUCAAGAUGAAUGAUUAUAGUAUCCAAUUUGUUUUCUUCUUUAGCUUCAUUAAUCUUCAGAUCGUACUAUCCUUCCUAGCUGCAACAUUAUUUACAAAAGUUAACACUGCUCAAGCAAUUGCCUACGUGUACAUCUUUGGGUCAGGGUUCAUGGCAGGAGCUCUUAUACACAAUUUUAUUGAAGGAGAAUUUCCAAGACAUUGGAUUACUGUUCUCGAAAUAAUUCCUGCAUUUUCAUUAUAUCGGGGACUAUAUGAGCUUGGUCAAUAUGCCAUUAGGGCUUCAGCAACAGGAUAUCCUGGCAUGAGAUGGGGUGAUCUAAAUGAUAGAAACAAUGGAAUGAAAGAUGUGCUUAUUAUUAUUGUCCUAGAGUGGUUGGUUUUGCUUCCUAUUGCAUAUUAUUUUGACCAUGCUUCUUCAGCUGGACACAAGUCUAGUCCCCUUUCCAUGAUCAAGUGUGUCCUAAAUAAGAAAGCCACCUCAAGAAGAAUAAAUGCUAACGCAAUAGUCAAUGAGGAUAUUCACGUUGAAUUGGAAAUGAUAGACAUCAUAAAAGAAAGAGAGGUUGUUGAUCAAAUACUACAACAACGGAGUAGUGGAUACGCUAUUGUGUGUGAUGAUCUCAAGAAAUUAUAUCAUGGAAAGGAUGGUAACCCAGACAAGUUUGCAGUACGAGGCGUAUCACUUGCUUUGCCUUAUGGAGAAUGUUUGGGCAUUCUUGGUCCCAACGGAGCUGGCAAGAGCUCUUUCAUUAGCAUGAUGAUUGGGCUUACAAAGCCAACGUCGGGAAAUGCAUUUGUCGAAGAUUUCAACAUACAGACUGACAUGGAGAACAUAUAUAAUAACAUGGGUGUUUGUCCACAAAAUGAUAUGCUCUGGGAAAUGCUGACUGGCAGAGAACAUCUCCAGUUUUAUGGCCGACUAAAGAACCUCAAUGGUUCUAGUUUGGACCUUGCUGUUGAAGAAUCAUUGAGGAGUGUAAAUUUACUGCAUGGUGGUGCUCCUGAUAAACAAGUGAGGACGUACAGUGGCGGCAUGCAGAGGCGUCUUAGUGUCGCCAUCUCGCUGAUUGGAGAUGCUAAAGUCGUCUACAUGGAUGAACCUAGUACUGGACUAGAUCCUGCUUCAAGGAAGAGUCUCUGGUGUGCUGUGAAGCAAGCAAAGCAAGAUAGAGCAAUCAUUCUUACUACCCAUUCCAUGGAAGAAGCCGAAGUCCUUUGCGAUCGGUUAUGUAUCAUGGUAGACGGCAGGCUCCAGUGCAUAGGAAGCCCGAAAGAGCUCAUCGCCAGAUACGGAGGGUACUAUGUGCUAACAAUCACGACAUCGUCGGAGUUCGAACGAGUGGUUCAGAAAUUGGUGCUAGAACUCUCGCCACGCGCAAGGAAGGUGUACCAUUUGUCUGGAACGCAGAAACACGAGCUGCCGAAGCAAGAGGUGAGGAUUGCAGACGUGUUCAGGGCCAUGGAAAAUUUGAAGAAGAAAGCGGAAGUCCAAGCAUGGGGCCUCGCUGACACCACCAUGGAAGAUGUGUUCGUUAAAGUUGCCACGGCGAGACGGUCGAGCGACGAACUCUCCUAG